AUGCUGCACUCCAAUCGGAUCGUGCUACUCGUGCUGAUGGCGAACGGAAGCGCCCGCUUCGCGAUUGAACCAUCGAUCGUGGCCGUUAUUGGGCACAGGAGGUACGUUCUCGUCGUUCAAGCGGAAAAUUCCAGUGCUCGAUUUGGAGAAUGUUUCCUUUCCAAUCAAUCAAAUCCCUAUCCAAAUACUGAGCCCACGACGCUUCUAACGCUGCCCCAUCUCUCUCCUCCUCCACCCGGUAGAGCUAUCAUCCCUCACGUCUGCGCUUUAUUCCCUAAGGGAAGAAUGGAGCAAGAAUAUUCCUCGCCUUUUGAUUAUUUUCUUUCCCAACAACCACAAAUGCACACCAUUGCCCGUGGCUGUCAUUCAGCCAAGGGUCCGUCGAUGGCAAUUCCCCAGCACACCCCGAAUAACGAGGAAGGCCCGGAUGCCCGAGGAGCUGUUGCCCCUUGUACACAACAAGGGAUACCCAAGUACUUUCGGGAAUGGACGAAGUUUCGGGACGAGGAUGAUGAGGACGUCAACAAAUCAAAUAAUGGCGAAGGAGCAGAACAGCCUGAACACGAUCCGCCGAGUGAGCCAAGGCUUAGUGUACCCGCGACCCAUUGCGAGCCGACCACCCACAUUGCGACAUCUGCAACAGCCAGACAGGUACCAUUACCCGUCGCCGAGCACAAUAGCGGAUCGAUUCCACCUUUGACACGGGAGCCUACAUGCUCUCCACUUCUGCUCCAAACGCCCAUUGGACCUGUGUGCGCUCUCGAGAACACUUGCGAGGCUCAGAGUCCUGCAGCCAACGGACUCGAGUCCAACUACUAUGCUUCUACCUAUGCUGCUCACUUUUCAACAAGGUUCAAGCCUAACCCCUUCGUGCAAAACGCGCGCGACCAGGGCAGUCCUCCGUCUGGUACUGAUAAAAAUGGAUCAAGGGUCUCCUCACCUCAACUUGAUUCUCGCAAUCCAUAUUCCUCUAUCGAUGCAUCUGCUUUUCAAAAGCAGACACAAGCUACCGAGACUCAGAGAGCCAGAGGAACGAAGAAAUCCGAGAACCUUUAUAACAGUAUAUCACAGAAGGGCAAGACACGAGAAAGGGCGGAGGAUUUCGCAACGGUUACUGACAGCACUGCAGCUCAUCAAAAAGAGGCACGCGGUGUCAAUGACAUUGGACGUGAAUUCAUCAUCGAAAAGAAGGAAGUUGAUCAUCCUUCGAGGCCAAAAGAAAAGCGGAAGGAGAAAAGGGGGUUGCCACCACGGCCUCAUAGCGAUGCGAAUGGCAGGAGUUUUGUCCGGAAGCUCGUACAAGCGGAUGGGACAUCCGCAAAGCCAUUGCGCGUAACGAUCAUGGCAAAGAUUGGUCUGGAGCGUAACAUUUCCAGGUCAGAGCGAAUAACGUGCCCUCUCCCGGGCUGCGACGACGUUGUAAUUGCGGAUGAUCUGUUCAGCCACUUUGGAUCUCAUUUCAAGAAGCUCGAUUUACCGGAGGCUGGACCCCACGAUUGCCUGCUCAAGUGUGGUAACAAGCCCCUUGGCACAUUGGCCGCCCUGAAAAAGCACUUAAGGCAGCUAGAAUACAGAGACGAACCAGAGAGCAAGCAAGCAAGAAAAAAAAUGAUUCAAUAA